CAAACGGUCAACAUGCUUCCAGUGUUUUACCGCUCGGCGCAUUUUCUCUUGUCUGGUAUCACAUGGAUGCCUUGCACUCAAUGCAUGGAUAACAUCUACACCAUACUUUUGCAUUGGGCCUCGGGAGCGAGACGAGGAUACCAACUGGAUAAUGCAACUGGUGCAUUCAAUUGAUCUAGCAUAUCAAUGUGGCGCCUUCAAGAUGAAUUGAAAAACCCAUCUGACAGCAAAAGCGUCAUCAACAGCUGCCAUAGCCUGACUCAGACAGACAUUCCCUGCCGAAGUCUAUGAAGGACUACGCUUUGCACCUUCCAAAGAUGCCUACCGCGUCACCGUCCAACCGACACUCGCAGCUUCACGCCCAGCCUUGGCCCUGUGAGCGUUCACAGAGCCGCAGUACCCACUGACAGGGCCGGCCGCAAAGUGGUGCCGACGGGGAUCCUGCAGCUCUCGCACUCGCUGGCCUGUUCCAUGGAUCACAUCUGCGGACCGGAACCAAGUGCUGCGCACAGGGGGUGCAGGUAUUUAAGCACUCGAGGACUCGUGUGGGAUCCUCAAUGCGCUGCACACACUACACCGCUCUUGUUCUGCUCCUAAGCCGCUUUUCGGGGGCGGCCAGCGCACAAGCAGGCGCGUUUCUCGAUGCACGCGUGGACGCGAUUAUCACAGGCAUGCUGCGUGACUUCAACACGCCGGGGGGUGCCGGGAUCGCUGUCGUGCACAAGGCGGCGGACGGGCAGUGGGUCAUGGAGAGCAAGGGGUACGGGAACGCCACGACGGCCGGACAAGCCGCGACGCAAGACACACUAUUCCCUAUCGGCUCGAACUCGAAGCUAUUCGACGCGAUCGCCACAGGCCUUUUAAUCUCGAACGAGACUUUGUCUCCCCGCGUGUCGUGGGACUCGAAGAUCGCCUCGCUCAUCCCGGAAUGGAAGCUCUGGGACCCAGUCGCGACGAGGGAGAGCACGAUAGUCGACCUUAUGAGCCAUCGCACCGGCCUCCCGAGACACGACUUCAUGGUCGCCCCGAGUGACUCAGUGCUCAGCGUUAUCAAACGGCUGCGGUAUCUCCGUCCUUCCGCCGGAUUCCGCGAGACCUGGCAAUACAGCAACCUGAUGUACAUCGUCCUGUCGCACCUGUCCACGGUUCUCACGGGCGUCCCGUACGAGAAAUACGUGUCGGACAACAUCUUCGUGCCGCUGGGCAUGAGCAGCACCACUUACACCUUCAACGACACGAUCAAGAAUGGGAAGCAGGUUGCGGAAGGGCUCGCGCGCGACGGUGCAAACUUGACGCGCGAUCCUUUUGACUUGGGAACGGUGCGACUGCUCGACUUUUGGGAUACGUAUAGCCAUGGCAAGUUUCAGGCUCUGCGUUGCGAGCUUAUGCUGAGAUGUGCGACAGUGUUUUCGGGCGAUGGCGGCGUCAUCUCCUCAGCUUCCGAUAUGGCAAUUUGGUUGCGUGCGCUCCUCGAGGGAGGACUGAAUCAAGCUCAAGCACCAGUUAUCCCUUCGGAUGUGAUUGAUAAAGUUGCAGAAGGAGUUACAGUCAUUCCCGACCAAGGAUAUCCGGAGAUCUCCCCGAUUGUGUAUGGUGGCGGCCAGUCGCGAGGGAGCUAUCGUGGCUUUGAGUUUAUCGAGCAUGAUGGAUCGGUUCCUGGGUUCAACAGCGUCGUCAGCCGUCUGCCCUGGCAGGAAUUCGGCGUCGCGGUGAUGACGAACGACGACAGCCUCGGGUCGUUGAUAGCUGAGGCGAUCAAGUUCCGGCUCAUCGACGAGUUCCUGCAACUCAAGCCCGUGGAUUGGACGUCCCGAUACCGCAACGCAAUCGCCUCGUCGCUUCCACCGCCCGCGACACCGCGCUCGAAGCACCCAAAGCUGCCAUCCGUCCCAUUCACCUCCCUCGCUGGGAAAUACUCCAACCCCGGGUAUUACGAGGUCGACUUCUGCCUCUUCUUGGACAGCGCCCAGACGGGCCAGUCGUGCAAGGAUCUCGAUGCUCGGUACCCAGAAGAAAUCGAUCCCGCGAUCCCCACUCUCGUCGCGGACUUCAAGGUGGUUGCUGACACAUUCAUCCGCUUCCAGCACUUCAGCGGAGAGGUUUGGAAUGUGUCUGCCCUUCAGGUUGAGCGCGCGUCCGUCCCCAAGGAACAGUGGAUCUAUAGACUCGACGGCUUGGUCUUCGAGUUUGACGGGGACCGAGGGUUUGCCGCUCUCGGUGGAUUCUGGGGCGCGGGUCUCGGUGUUCCUGAUCCCGUCGGCAAGACUGCUCAAGAGCGCGCCGAAGUUUGGUUCGCCAAAGUGCGCAAGUGAUCCUAAGAUUCGUCUUCAAGGGCGACGGGCCCUGUAAUGUUAUUCUGAAUGAACAAAC